AUGAACAAGAUAGGGGAAACCCUACUUAUUGGAAAGUUCUCCUAUGGCAGGCCCGUACUUUCCGUUAUAAGAGAACAUUUUGCCAAACGCUUGAAGUUGAAAGGAACGGUGAGUGUUGGCUUAGUGGACCCGCGACACGUGUCUCUUGCAUUUUCCAACCCGGAAGAUUGCAUUAACACGUUAGUCAAGGGUCAGAUUCUCCUUGACGGGAAGUGCCCGAUGAGGCUCUUUAGGUGGACAAUGGACUUUGACACGAGGUUCGAGACAUCGCUGGCCCCGGUUUGGGUGUUAUUGCCCAACCUUAAGGCCAACUGUUUCUCGGAGCCUUGUCUCAAACAAAUUGUCAAACCUAUUGGAAGAUUUUUACAGGUGGAUACGCCUACGGCUAAGUUCACCAGGCCUAGUGUGGCUAGGGUGAAGGUUGAGAUUGACUUGCUGAAACCACCGUGCCGCAAGAUGUUCAUCCGGUUAGGGACUGCGCGCCCGGAUCGGGAGGCCGUGGGGUUUUGGCAGGUGAUAGAGUAUGAGCGUAUCCCCCCGUAUUGCUUGAACUGCAGGAAACAAGGCCAUCUGGCCAACAGUUGCCGUGUCCCCGGUGGAGGGGCAAGCGCGCCACGCUCCUCGGCACCACAUGUGUCGACAUCAAUGGCUGAUGCUGGCCCGCUCCCUUCCGGGGGGGUCGGCCAGGACUGGGGAUCAGCUAUUGUGUUGGAUCAUCGGGACAUGACGGCUAGUCAGAGGAAAAAACAAAGUAAUAACAAAUAA